AUGCACCCUCCUAAGAUUAGGGGGAAGAAGACCAAGGCUGGUAAUCGGGAGAUUACCGACCUGGACGACGAUGUCCGGUUUGGGGACCCCGAGAAUGAGAUAUAUGACCUAUCUGACGUAUCCGGUGACGAUGGAGCCAAGGGUCGCCCAAACGGUCCUCGGUGCUGGGAGGGGGGUGUCUCUCCGGCUUCUCCGGACGCCUCCCAGCAUACCGAUGAAGACGGGGAGGACGACCGGGAGAACGACGAUGCAGACACGAUCCAAUCGGGCGACGACGCCCUAUUAGGUAUCCUAGCCUAA